CGCAAAAUAAAAUGUCAUCUCUGUUUGACUCCCUAAUCAACGCUAGACUUGAUGGCACUCGCUUCAGUUUCUACACUGACGAAGAGAUUAAGAAAAUAAGUGUAAAAGAAAUUAGUGAUCCUCAAGCUCAUGAUGAAUAUGGCAACCCUGUCUCUGGUGGUGUUGUCGAUGAAGCAUUGGGUGUGUCUGCCAUGGAUAGAAUUUCUGUGUGUAAGACUUGUGGAUGUGAUGUUAUCCAUUGUCCUGGCCAUAUUGGACACAUCAGGCUUAUCUCUACCUGCUUUAACCCAUUCACUAUUAAAUUGCUGCACAAACUAUUGAAAUCAAAGUGCUUUACCUGACAUAGAAUUAGAAUUUUCCCAAAGAGGGUAGAGCUAUUCGAAAUCAGGCUACAGCUUAUCAAGCUUGGCUACCUUACUGAGGCUGCUCAGCUUGCUUCUUACACCGACUUCGGAAUCGAGUCUGUAGAAUCAGUUAUCAGACUGAUUCGCAGGAAAAUGCUCAAAAAGGGAAAGGACAAAGAAGAUCAAAAAGAGACAGCAACUCCCAUGAAUGAAGAUAACGAGAAAGCCUUGACUGCAUUUGAAGAGCUAAGUGAAGUAGAGAAGGCCAAGAGAAAAGCCUUCUUUGAUCAUAUCAAAGGCAUUAUCAAGGACAACUCUUGUCAAUCCGCAACGAACACUAGCACUACUAAAGCUCUAAGAAGACUGAUAAAGGAAAUUUUAGCGACUGUUAUUCCUUCGAAGUGCCCUCACUGCGAAGCCAAAAACCCAAGAGUCAGGAAGGAUGGGGCUACCAAGUUCUUUCAGAUGCCUCUCUCCCAGAAGGACCUUAAGAGCAUGAAGAGUGCUCUCAGCAAGGCUGAACUCAACACCAUCGAAGCUUUCGACGAGGAUGAAGACGAAGAAGAGGAAGAGAGCAAGGAGCAGGAACAAAAUAAAGAGGAUGAAGUUUCAGAAAGAAAAAUGAAAUAUCUGAACCCACUCGAAAUUAGAGAGCACAUGAAGAGGCUCUGGGAGGCGGAAGACACUCUACUUCCUCCAAUCUUUGGGCAAUGGAGCAUCUUCUUCUUGAACAAUAUCAUUGUGAGUCCUAAUAGGUUCAGACCUGAGUCUUCAAGUGGCAAAGGAGGAUCUGGAGGAGAAUUCCUACAUGCACACUCAGCAAUGCUGAACAGAAUUCUCAAGACCAACAUGCUUCUGAGACAGAUCAUCGAGAAGAAAGAACACUUGGGUGUUGAUGAUAAGUCUGAAAGCCAUAGAUCACGAGCCCAAUCUACUGAGGUUGAAAGAGCAGAGUACACCUCUAAAGAUGUGAUCAAAUGAUGGAUUGACCUUCAAGACGCUAUCAAUUGAUAUCUUGACUCUUCGCUUGCUUCUAGAACUGAGAAUAGAGAAAAGCCAGGACUCAGACAACUACUUGAAAGGAAAGAAGGAGUUUUCAGAAUGAAAAUGAUGGGUAAACGUGUUAAUUAUGCAGGAAGAAGUGUGAUUUCUCCAGAUCCUUAUAUCUCCACUGACCAGAUUGGAGUCCCAGAGUUCAUUGCAAGAACUCUUACAUUCCCAGAAAGUGUUAGAAAUUUAGAAAAAUUAAAGCAGAUGGUUAUAAAUGGAGCAUACAAAUACCCUGGUGCUAAUUUUGUUGAAUAUCCAAAUGGUGAAAAGAAAGCUUUGCAGCACAUGACUCUGGUCGAGAGAAGAGCAGAAGCAGCUUUACUUGGAAGUGGUGGAAAGACUGUUUAUAGACAUCUUGAAACUGGAGACCCAUUGUUGGUAAACAGACAGCCGACACUUCAUAAGCCAUCCAUCAUGGCCCACAUUGCUCGAGUCCUGCCAAAGGAACAAACAAUCAGGAUGCACUACUCUAAUUGUAAAUCUUAUAAUGCUGACUUUGAUGGUGAUGAAAUGAAUAUCCACUUGCCUCAAAACUACACUGCAAUUGCAGAAGCAUAUGAACUUGCUGCAACACAUAAGCAGUACAUUGUCCCAACUAGUGGAGCUCCAAUCAGAGGAUUGAUCCAAGAUUUCAUUGUGUCAAGUGUUUUCCUUACAAGCAAAGACUCAUUCUUCAGUAAAGAAGAGUACAACCAGCUGGUGUUCUCUUCCUUAAAUGAGUUCUUGCAAGACAAAGUGAUUACGAAAAUUCAUUUAGAGCAUCCUUGCAUUUUCAGAAGUCCUAAUGGACCAUUAUGGACUGGCAAACAAGUUGUCACAACUAUCUUAAAGAACCUCAGUUUCGAUGAAAGAGAAUACCAUGAAAGUGGAAAGCCCAAGUCCCUUAAAAUGGGACUCAACCUGACUUCUAAAGCCAGAUUGGAUGGUAGCAACUGGGGAGCAUUAGGAAAGGAUGAAGGACAAGUUGUCAUCCGAAACAAUGAACUGUUACAAGGAGUUUUGGAUAAGAACCAACUUGGUGAUUCCAAGUUCGGAAUGAUCCAUUCAUUCUACGAACUAUAUGGAUCUGAGAGAGCUGGACAACUGCUGACUGCCUUAGGAAGACUUUUAGUAGCUCAUUUACAAUAUCACGGCUUCACUUGUGGCCUUGAUGAUGGACUACUCAGCAAAGAAUCUAAUAAGCAGAGAGACAGAAUUCUCAAGAAAGCUCACAAAAGGGGUAUCCAAGCAGGAGCUGAAUUCUGUGGUAUCAAAAUUGACUACUCCAGCGGAAAAGAAGAAACUAAAGACCCAAACUCCGAUGACGAAGAACUGAUUGAUGAAAGAGAAGAAAAGAGAGUCAUGCAAGAAAUCAAACUUUUCAUUCAGAAAAGAUUUGUCAAUGAAGGAUUGCACAUUGAAAAGGAGUUUGAUACUGUAGUACAAUCUGAAAUGAACGAGGCUACAACAACUGUUAUUGACAAAUGCCUGCCUUCAGGUUUGAUCAAGAGCUUCCCAAGAAAUAACAUGAGUGCAAUGGUCCUGACUGGUGCUAAAGGAGGUAAAAUCAACAGAUCCCAGAUCGCUUGUUUGCUUGGUCAACAAGCUCUGGAAGGAAAGAGAGUCCCAAGAAUGCCAAACGGUAAAACUCUUCCUUCAUUUUCUGCUUUCGACCCAGACCCAAGGUCUUCAGGGUAUAUUAGUGACAGAUUUAUCACUGGACUGAGACCUCAAGACUUCUACUUCCAUUGUAUGGCUGGCAGAGAAGGACUUAUUGAUACUGCUGUCAAAACUGCGAGAAGUGGAUACCUCCAAAGAUGUUUGAUAAAGCAACUCGAAAGUCUCGUAGUCAGCUACGAUAUGACAGUCAGGGAUAACGAUGGAAGUGUCGUCCAGUUCUUGUACGGAGAGGACAGUAUUGAUGUGACCGAGAUGCUUUAUCUUAAUAAGUUCGAUUUCAUGGAGCAGAAUCAUGCUGCUCUGUUGAAGAAAUAUUACUCUGACAACUUCAUGGCAAGCCUCGACACAAAGACUGUUCAGAAAGUCAGGAAAGAACAGAAAGCUAAAAAGCAACAAGGAGAUGUAGUUGAUGAUGAUCCUAUUUUAUCUAUCUACAACCCAGCCAAAUACCUAGGCUCUACUUCAGAGAAAAUGUAUUCUGAUCUGAAAACUUUCUGCAAGAAAUACAAAAAGGAGUCAAGAGAUCCAUCUAUAGUCAAAACAGGAGCAAAUAGAAUGAAAACUUCAACAAUAGAGAAACUCUACUACUUGAAAUAUCUGAAGAGUUUGGUAGCCCCAGGAGAGAAUGUUGGAACUCUGGCUGGGCAAGGUAUUGGUGAGCCAUCAACACAAAUGACUUUGAACACGUUCCAUCUUGCAGGUCACGGUGGAGCAAAUGUGACCCUCGGAAUUCCGAGAUUGAGAGAAAUCUUAAUGACUGCUAGUGAGAAUCUCAAAACUCCGUUGAUGGUGUUGCCAUUGAGAGGAGACAAGGAAUUCACUGAUGAAGAAAUCAGUAAUUUCGCUAACAAGUUCCAAAAACUACAACUUUCAGAAGUAAUCAACAACGUGAAAGUCAGCCGUGAUUACAUUCUCAAAGGUAAGAGCAAUGUGAUCUCCAAAUACGAGGUAUUCUUCGAAUUCGAAGACCUUGAAAAGAUCAAAGAGACUUUCGGAGUGACAAAGACAGACUUGACCAAAGUGUUCACCAGCAAAUUUUUGCCAUUGCUGAUCAAGAAUAUCCAGAAGCAGACCAAGAGAGGAAUUGAAGACACCAUGGCAGUCAAAGACACCAAGAGCAAGCACAUGAAAGAGAAAGAGCAGAUGGAAGACGAAGAAGUCCUCGAAGAAUACCAGGAUGAUGACAAGAAGAAGGCCAGUGAUAAUGGCAGUGAAAUCGACCAGCUCGGAGAUACUGAAGGCAUCGAGGCUGAGAAGCUGAAGAAGAAAACUACCCAAGUUGAGGGAUACGAUGAAGAUGUCAAUGAAGAAGCAAGUGCUAGUGAGGCAAGUGAGAAAAGUGGACACCAAUUUGCUGAUCAGAACAUGGAGAUCGAAGGGCUUGAAGAGAUAUCAGAGUCCAAACCUAAAUCUUCCAAAAUUGAUCUGUCCAAAUUGAGCAAUUUCAGGCCUUACUUGCAGCAUUUUAACUUUAUUAAACAAGAAAGUGAACCUGAGCCUAAGAGAGCUAAGAUCCAUAUCAUUCUUCAUUUAGCUAUGGACAGCAAGUCUAGGCUCAGCAAGAUCUUGAUGCUGAGUCUUAUAGAAGCAAUCCUGCAGAAAGUACUUAUUAGGAGUGUUAAAGGUAUAAACAAGAGUUAUGUUGUUGAAAGAAAAAUCAAGAGUGGAACCAUCAAGGAGAAGGUCAUCAUGACUGAAGGAAUCAACUUUGAUGAGUGUUACUCCAACAGUGAUGUCUUUGACCUUAGCAGGCUAGAAACUAAUGAUAUUAACCAAAUGAUCAAGCAUUAUGGAAUUGAAGCUGGAAGAUACAGUAUUGUUAAAGAAAUUAAGAGUGUGUUCGAUGUUUAUGGUAUCGAAGUUGAUUAUAGACAUCUCAGUCUGGUUGCAGAUUUCAUGACCCAGCAAGGAAAUUAUAGACCAUUUAACAGAAUCGGAAUGCAGGAUAGCAACUCCCCAUUCUUAAAGGCCAGUUUCGAGACAAGUACUUCUUUCUUGUCAGAUGCUUGUACAAAGCAAGAUCUUGACGAUAACACAACUCCAUCAGCUUCGAUUGUUCUCGGGCAGAUUCCAAAGAUUGGUACUGGAGUGUUUGACCUUCUGCAUGAUCAUACUAUGAAAUAAAUUUGAGGAUUAAUAAAUUUCUAUAU